AGGCGUCGAGCUGACAUUUUUUUCUUUUAUAUAGAAUGAUACCAAUAAUUUGAAUUUCUGUAUUAAUAGUCAUAUCAAAUGAUAUUAGACUUAGAAUAGAAAGUAUAUGAAUUAUGUUUUCUGCUGCUUUAAAAACAAAAAUCAGUAUAUUUUAUUAUAAAAUAGGUAGUAGUGCUUUUUUAAUACAAUAACUCAUCAUAAUUGCAAAAAUCGAAGAAAUUCCAAAGUUCAAAAAUAAUUUGUUUCUUUCUGCUUCAAACAGUCUUUGAACAACUUUUACAGGUUCAUAAUUUGAAUACAUUAACAGUGUGUCCCUAAUUAUAAUAAUAAAACCUACAUUUAUUUAUUUCAAUUCCCGUUUGAAACAAGAUUUCCUAUGGUAUGGUUGUUUACAAACAAAUCCACAACACGUGCUAUCUAAAAUGCUCGACCAAACUAACUGCAUUAUCGAGUUUAUUUUUUGCAACGAAAUUACUAGAUACGUUUAUCGCUUACAUUUAUUUUGGAGACCGUGCCCGAUAACAAAUAAAUUUACAUCUAAAAUGUUAUUUCUAUCGGGCACGGUCUCCAAUUAACAUGUUUAUGUCAAUAAAACAUUCAUGGAUACUGUCCCUGUUUUGAUGUUCGUAUCUGGCGCCAUAUCUAAAGAUAGCCUGUCUGUUUAUGUUAGAUGCGCAUGCGCUAUAUCUUAGCGUCACUCGCCAUUUUGUUUUGAUUUACUGAAGAAGCAUUUGGAAAAAUUAAGUAAGUUUUGCGGUGUUUUAUUCAUAUAAAACACGUAGAAACCACAAGGAUAACCUUAUUUUGUUUCGGAGUGACUGUAUUCGUGAACGUGUACAUUUACUGGUAUAUGCAUUUUGACAAAUGUGAUAUUUCAUUUCGGCCAGUGAAUACGUUGGUCAGUAGACUGGUCAUGGACGAGUCCGAGGCAGUUCAUUUCCGAAGAUGUGUAUAAACAGUCAGUUAUUAUGGCCGUCAGUGAAACGUAUUUGUAUAUUUGAUAAGAUUUUAUGGACUUAAAUACACUGAUUGUUUAACAUUUGUAAUAGUAGUGCAGUGCUUGUUUACAUUUAACGGGUCACGUGACCAAAACAAUGACAACAUUAUUUAUAGGAAGUUCGCACGUGAAAAGGUUUUCGUCGUAUUUAGGAAAUAGAGGGACUUCAGCGGAGCUGUUUAAUAUAGACGGACUUCCCCCUGUUCGAUUUUUUGGGCUCAGUGGUGGAACUGUAACAAAUCCUCGACAUUUAGAGUCAUUCUUGGCAGCGGUCCAGCAUCAUAGACCGAAAUUUCUCGUAGUGCAUUUAGGUGGCAAUGAUCUUGACAGCGACGAAGACAAUACACAAUUAGUUGUUUUAAAACUUAUCGCAUUUCUUCAAACUGUUAAAGUACGUUUUACCAUACAUAAGGUGACCGUUGUGAAACUUUUACCAAGAGAGCAGACAAGACAUGUUGAUCCAGUUUUUUAUAAUCAGCGUGUCAUAGCCGCGAAUACCUUUCUGAAAGAUCAGUGUGCAUUGACGGGUUUAGUGUAUUGGAGAAUGCGCGGCUUCACAAACAGUGGAACAAACAUUUUCGCUGAUGGUGUUCACCUCAAUUCUGUUGGAAUGAACAAAUAUUUCCGACAACUGAGAGGAAUUUUACUUUCACACACCUUUUGAUUGUUUAUAUAGCCAUGAUGUCAGGUGCUUCUGGCUAUAAUUGAAUUAUUAAAUGAUUAUUAUUUACUUAAUAAUUGGUAGAUAUUGUUUAACUUUUGUCCCAACAAUAUUGCUUGUAUUUAUCUUUCGUAUAUGUAUGAUUAUAUUUUAUUUAUGUACUAACCAGGUUUUUCUCUAUUUUAUAGCUUUGCUGUGAUCCUUUUGUAUUAACGUUUGUUCCGACAUUGAAAAGGUUGACAGGUCAACAAGGUAUCGGAAGUUUUGACAAGUCAACAAGGAUGGCAUCGAGAUCCAAGAGGAAGAGAACAUCCACCCCAGCCUCCUCUCUAGCUCCAGUAACAACUACGGACCCUCCAACCCCUGACAUCAACCAUUUAGUCGAAGCCUGCAUGACUGCUCUUCUACCGAAAAUUAAGGACACAAUUACUUCUGUAAUACAUAAUGCGCAGACCUCCACAACACCACCUGAGCAAACUGUUAACAGUCCUUCGCAGCCAUCUGCUAGCAGUCCUUCGCAGCCAUCUGCUCUCUCAAUCAUAACAUCAGAUUAUCCUGCAUCAGGUACGUGUACCAUACCUGGCAUUGCAAAGCCUGUCGGGUUGGGAGUUGAGCCAAAAAUUAAAUCCAAAAUUCUGGCUGAUGAAUAUGUGAAAUUCUCAUCCCUUCUCCCUAAAUCUCAGGAACUUGACGAAAAAUUUCAUACCGUGGAGAAAGAUGGUCAACUGGUUUUUGUGAAAAAUAAUGAAGGCCCCAAGAUCAAAUCUAUCUACAAAUGGAUGGAGGCCUUCCACGUUUUUGUAUCUAUUUAUUGCUCUAUCCACCCUUCAGAAGUCGCGGACCUCAUGACUUAUGCCCAAAUUGUCCAGGGUAUAGCUAAAUCUUGUGGCGAUGAUGCUGCCAUUGAUUAUGACCAAAAGUUCCGACAAUGGCGUGAAACAUCCCCAACUUCCUGUCCCUGGAAUCAAAAAAAUACUGAGCUCUUCCAGGAUGCUAUGGUGUCAGGAUUAGAGUAUAAGUUAAAACCAAAGAAACAGCCCUUUCGUCUCACUUCACAGAAACAAAAGUACUGUUUCACCUUCAACAACAAGGGAUCCUGCGCAAGAGGUAACACCUGCUCAUACCUACAUGUCUGCCAAUAUUGCGCAGGUAAACACUCUAGACUCACUUGCUCCAAACCAAAACCAGGACAGGACCACAGACCAAAAAUUCCCGACAACACAAGAAGAAAUCAACCUACUAAAUCAGACUAAAACCAUCCGAACUCCAGUCAUCGUACACACUUAUGCGAAAUACCUUCAAGGUUACAAUUCAACACUUUACCAUUUCCUAAUCCAAGGCUUUCAAGUGGGUUUUAGAAUCCCCUUUCAAGGUGAUCGGCAGUUUCGUCUAUCUAGAAAUCUUCCUUCCCUCCUUGGCAAGAAAGACAUUCUGCAACAAAAAAUUGAGCAAGAAAUAAAAGCAGGUCGGGUUGCUGGCCCCUAUGAUGACCCCCCUUUCAAAAACUUACAGGUAUCACCUCUAGGACUAGUACCUAAAAAACAACCUAAUGAAUUUCGUCUCAUCCACCAUUUGUCUUAUCCACAAGGAUCUUCAAUCAAUGAUAAAAUUCCACAUGAUUUUUGCACUGUCAAAUACCAGUCAAUCCAGGAUGCAAUCAUAGCCCUUAAAGAAAUAGGAGUUGGUGCCCUUAUUGCAAAAACUGACUUGGAAAAUGCAUACAAGCAAAUUCCUAUCCAUAGUGAUGAUUUUGAGCUGCUGUGCUUUCGUGUCAAUGAAAAGUUUUACUUUGACAAAACUUUACCAUUCGUUUUGAGUUAUGCAUGUAACCUCUUUGAAAAAUUUAGUUCUUCCCUUCACUGGAUUCUCCAAAACAAGUUUUCUGUCAAACAUUGUGUACAUAUUCUUGAUGAUUUUCUUUUUCUUGGGAAGCCAGGAACCAAUGAAUGUCACGAUGCAUUAGCAUCAUUCCAUGUUCUAGCUCAAGAUAUCAAUCUCCCUAUCAAGUCUGAAAAAACUGUGUUACCUACUACUACCUUAACAUUCAUGGGAUUGGAAAUUGACUCACUGAACUUUGAAAUACGUCUUCCCGAAGACAAAUUAAUCAAGUUGAGACAAACAAUUAGCGCAUUUAAGGGUAAACGGACAGCCACACUUCGUGAAUUGCAAUCGCUCAUUGGAUUGUUAAAUUUCGCUUGUGCCGUUGUUCCCCCAGGCAGAACUUUCCUAAGAAGAAUCAUUGACCUUACCAAAAGCAUCCAAAAACCUCAUCAUCACCGCAACCUUGAUAAGGAUGCUCGUGCUGAUCUGGCCGCCUGGUCCCUUUUUAUAGAACAUUUUAAUGGCAAAGCCUUUUUCCCAUCUGGACUGUCAUUCACUUCAAAAACCCUACACUUAUUCACCGAUGCUAGUAAUGUAGGUUUUGGUUGUGUGUUCGGUACUAAGUGGUUCUUUGGCUCUUUUGACACCAGUUGGCUGGAAUACCACAUCUCUGUGCGUGAAUUUUUUCCAAUUAUUCUAGCUGUAGAAAUUUGGGGUUCAUUACUGACAAAUACAUCUAUUGUGCUCCAUUCAGAUAAUAUAGCAGUGGUGUAUGUGAUUAAUAAACUAACUUCUAAAGACUCAAACCUAAUGAAACUUAUGAGAAGCCUCAUUGUUACAUCUCUUAAGUACAAUAUAAGUUUUCAUGCUGAACAUAUUCCAGGACUACUUAACAAUGCCGCUGACCUUUUGUCUCGCUUACAGGUCCAGCAAUUCAAAGUCCAGUUCCCAGGCAUGGACAAAGACUGCACCAAAAUUCCACCAGCAUCUCUUCAUCUCUAACCAAAACUGCGGACUUCCUGAUCAGCAAUUCUCUGUCAGAAGAUUCUUUGUAUUCUUACAAACAUAUCUUUUCAAGAUAUAAAGACUUUGUGAAACAGUAUGUUCAUCCUCUACACAGUCCACUUCCACCAUCGUUAAACCAUAUGGUUUUAUACAUAGCUUAUUGCUAUACCCAAGGACUAGCUGCCAGUACCACCAGAACUCAUAUUUCGGCAUUAAGCUUCACCUUCCAAUUAGGGGGAUUCGAAGAUAUAACUCAGCAUUUCCUAAUAAAGAAGCAACUCCAAGGAUUCACCAAGCUUAAUCCAUCAUCAGAUUCUAGACUACCAAUAACUCCAUCUAUUUUGACCAAGUUAAUCGCCGUAUUGCCUCAUAUUUCAAACUCAGCAUUCAUUACAUCAAUGCUGCGGGCAAUGUUUUUAUUAGCAUUCUAUGCUUUCCUUCGAGUUGGAGAGAUGACUAAUACUGGCAGCAUGAAACAACAUUUCAUCCUUGUCAAACACUUAAAAAUCGUAUCGGAAGACAAGCAAGAUGAAAACCUUCAAUUAACAAUUCCUCAUAGUAAACACUCCCAUAAAUCUGUUACCUUACAGAUACCAAAGAAUCAAAAUCUACGGCUUUGCCCUUAUGUAGCGUGCAAAGAAUUUUUAUCUCUGCGAUAUCACAAGUCGCCUGAAGAACCCUUAUUCUCCUUUAUGGACGGAGCACCAGUGUCAAGGAAAUUUUUCACGGAACAUCUUCAAAGGGCGAUAUCUGCUUGCGGACUCCCAAUGCAGCGUUAUCAAGCACACAGCUUUCGCAUCGGGGCUGCAACUUCCGCAGCGGAAUCUGGUGCCUCAGACAUUCAGAUCCAAAGUAUGGGCCGUUGGAAGUCAGCAGCUUUCAAGAAAUACAUACGCAUCCCAAUUCUCAAUCUUCAAUUGUAAUGUGCCCUAAAUAUACCGCCCUACAAUUUUAUUAGAGCUGUAGAGUCAGGAGCUCUCAGUUACUUCCGUCCUGCCUUGAUGGAUCAUAAAGUCAGGAGCUUUUGAUCCUAAAUUUCGUAUAAUACAUGUAUUUUGUUGUGUAAUGACCAAUAGACUCAGGAGCUCU